AUGGAUGGGGGCGACAAAGUGAUUUCGCUGUCACUCUCUACCUUGAGAACCCCCCCUACUUGUGCGCAACGUUAUCGUGCCUCCCUCGAUCCCACUAUCACGAAGGGAGAGUGGACAUAUUCUGAGGAUGAGAAACUCAGGGAAGCGGUUGCAGUCUAUGGUACUCAUUGGAGCAAAGAGGAUAGAAGGCUUCGACAAGCUGUGAUCGAGCGAGGAAUUAAGGACUGGAAUGUCGUUGCCGAUGUUGUUGGCACUCGUGGUGGCCAGCAGUGUCAACGCCGAUGGGGGAUUCUUGAGAAGUCGCCGAACAUUUCUGCGCCCGACAAUUCAAACGACAAAGCCCCUCGUGAUGGAAAUGGAGACAGUAAUGCCAAAGAUGAUGUGGGCCCCAACACUCCCGAUCCAGCUGCCGAUACGACCACGUCUGCAAAAACUCGCUCAACCAAGCGAGGAAAACGACAACGGAAGCCCCCGACUGCAUCAGAUUCCCAGUCUCCUCUUAGCUUGAGAACCAUCACUUUUCGUCGAGUGCCAUGCUCUACCUUGUUAACUUUUCCAUUAUGUCCGACAACGAUGCUCAGUCUUCCAACAUGA